CUUCGAACUUCACUUCUGUUGUCAGUUGUCAGCAGUCUUCUUCUAAAGAUCAAGUUAUAAUUCCAGAUCAUGACCACAGAAGCUUUUGAUGUGAUGGUGGUUGGCUCCUGUAUGACCGACUUAGUGAGCCAGGCACCAAGGCUACCUAAAGCAGGAGAAACCAUCCAUGGUCACAAGUUCUUUAUUGGUUUUGGAGGAAAGGGGGCCAACCAGUGCAUCCAGGCUGCUAGGCUUGGGGCCAAUACUGCCAUGGUCUGCAAGGUCGGAAAAGAUUUCUUUGGAGACAAUUACAUCCAGAAUUUCAAGGACAACGGUGUGCACACAGGCUUUGUUGGUCAGGCCUCUGAUGCAGCCACAGGAGCCGCCUCCAUCAUCGUGAACGAUGCAGGUGAGAAUGUCAUUGUGAUCGUAGCUGGUGCCAACAUGCUGCUGGGUAGUGAGGAGCUGCAGAAAGCUCUACCAGCCAUCACUCAUGCUAAAGUGCUCGUGUGUCAACUGGAAGUCAGUCCACAGACGUCUCUGCUAGCACUACGCAUGGCUCAGGAAAACAAAGUAAAGACAAUAUUCAACCCAGCACCAGACAUUCCUGACAUGGAUCCAGAGUUCUACAGUCUCUCUGAUGUGUUCUGCUGUAAUGAGACUGAGGCUGAGCUGCUGACCGGUUCCUCUGUAGCCAACUUGGAGGAAGCGCAUCGCGCCGGUCAGGAACUGCUGAAACGAGGCUGUGCCUCAGUCAUCAUCACCUUGGGUCCGCAGGGCUGCGUGGUGUUCAAGGCACAGGAGUCUGAUCCAAAAUAUGUACCAGCUCUUGCCGUCACAGCAGUGGACAGUACAGGAGCUGGAGACAGCUUCAUCGGAGCACUGGCUUUUUACAUGGCUCAUUAUCCCACAAUGCCUCUGGAGGAGAUGGCACAGAGAGCCAAUCGGGUGGCAGGAGUGAGCGUGCAGGCUGUGGGCGCGCAGACGUCGUUCCCCUUCAAAAAGGACCUUCCAGCUCAACUGUUCUGAGAACAGCUCAUCAGCUGCUUCAUCAGCUGCUUGGACCAUUUAAAGCUGCUUUAGAUAAACCAUUAAACAGAUCAUAUUA